UUUCAGUUUCUCGAUAGUGGGAUACGCAGCGGGUUGGCCCUCCCCGACUCUUAUAAAGAUGCGAAACCACGAAACUCCAGUCGUACUGAACGUCGACCAGAUUUCAUGGAUGGUUUCACUCAUGUACCUCGGUCAUCUCAUGAGUCCCUUCCCUAGUGGAAUGAUAAUGGACAGGAUCGGAAGGAAGCGGGCGAACCUGCUUUUAGCGUUCCUUCCCUUGGUUUCGUGGUCUCUCAUCUCGUUCACUUCGUCUGUGGUUUGCCUGUACAUCGCGAGGCUUAUCGCGGGCAUGUGGGCCGGAGCGACUUCCACGAUCAUGCCGAUCUACAUCGGAGAGAUCGCAGAGCCCAGUCUGAGGAGCUCUCUCGUGACCUUCAACCACUUGAUGAGGAACUUCGGAGUCCUCGUGGUGUACGUGGUGGGGCCCUACAUCUCGUACUCCAUGUUGGCCAUCAGCUGCAUGACCUUGACAUUCCUCUACAUCAUCACGUUCUCGUUCAUGCCUGAAUCGCCUUACUACCUUCUAAUAAUAAACGACGAAAAAGAAGCGUACAAAAGUCUCAACUGGUUGAGAGGUGGAAAAGGGAAACCGUAUGUGGACGAUGAAAUGGAAAAAAUUAAAUGCUCAAUCAAAGCUCAACUGCGAGAAAAAGGAUCCAUCAAAGAUGUGUUUUACAACAAAGGCAACAGGAAAGCUUUGAUAAUUUCUGAGGUCUAUGCCGUCUCCAAGAGACUGACCGGUGCUGGCGUCCUUCAGGCUUACGUCUCUAUCACUCUUCCACCUCUAACUUUCGGACUUUUCAACCCCAAUGAUUGCGUCAUCAUUCUCGGACUGGUCAGCCUCCUCUCCUCCUUGGUCUCUGUUCUCCUGUCCGUGCACUUCAACAGGCGUGCCCUCAUCUCGUUCUCGUCUGCCGGUUGUGGAGUCACCAUGGUUUUGGUUGCGAUAUGGUUUUAUAUGAGUUCCAACACUGACAUCAAAGUGAAACGUUACAGUGAUCUGUUGUUCAUCUGUCUGAUCCUGUACAAUGCCACGUUCUCGCUAGGACUCGGACCGGUCGGAACCAGCGUCAAGGGUGAGUUGUUCCCCGCUAAUGUAAAAGCCAUGUGCUCUUCCUUCACGACCGUUCUUGUAGCUAUUACUUCCUUCAUUCUCAACAAAUUCUUUCUCAUAUUCGCUCAGUACUUUGGAAUGUAUGUUAACUUCCUAAUUUAUGCAAUAAGCUGCCUGUUUACAAUAGUUUUUACUCUGACCUACGUGCCAGAGACUCAAGGAAAGUCGCUGGAGGAGAUACAAAUGAUUUUACAGGGUGUGAAAAAUCACACAAAAAAGUCUACUGAUGAUGUCGUUCAGAAAACAGGCUAACCAUUGGAAAAUUAAGUUGGCUGUGUAAUUCAUAUUUUAGGCUGUAUGUGCAUACUGGCUUUUACAGAGAUUUGGUGAAAGUUAUUUUUCAU